CCCUUUCUUCCUCCGCCGCGUUCUCAAAUUCUUCCCAAGCUGAAAGCUCAAACCUUUUCGAUUUUUCUCUUAAGACGCAAUCUUGCUUUCGCAACCCGCUGUGUGGUUUCGUUUCCAAACGAAACGCGGCUCUCUGAAUCAUGGCGACUUCAGCUGAUGCUCGGGCAGUAAAGUCGCUCAACAAUUCCGAGGGGCGUAAGCGAUUUGUGUUCAAGUCUUUUUCUGAAAGAAUCAACGACAUUGACAUCAACAUCAACGGCUAUAGGACCUUGAAUAAGGUGAAGGCUGAGCCUUCAGAAGGAUCCACAUUUUUCAGGGAUUGCCUCGUAGAAUGGAGGGAACUAAAUACCGCUGAAGAUUUCAUUUCGUUUUAUGAAGAGAUGUUACCACUUGUCCAGAAUUUGGGUUUGGUUCUUGUGCAAAAAGAAAAAAUCUUGUCGAAACUUGUCUCUCGAUUACAAAUGAAAGCAAGAUUGUCUCUGGAACCCAUUCUCAGGUUGAUUGCUGCUCUAUCAAGAGAUCUCUUGAAGGACUUUAUUCCCUUCUUGCCACGAAUUGUGAACUCCUUAGUGACUCUCCUAAAAAAUGGUGCCCAUAAAGAUCCGGAGAUUAUUGAGCAGGUAUUCACAUCAUGGUCUUCCAUAAUAGUGUCCCUGCAGAAGUAUCUUGUAUGCGACAUUGAAAGCAUUCUCAGGGAUACGUCGGAAUUGAGUUAUUACCCCAAAGACUAUAUCAGUGAAUUUAUGUCAGAAUCCAUGUCAUUUUUGUUGAGGAAUGCACAGGAUGAGCAACUUGAAAAAGGAUUCAAGAUGAUCCUUUCUGAAGUUGCACAUCCAUCCAAAAAAGCUGGAGGAGUUGGAUUACUAUAUUAUGUUAUGAGGGGUACCUGUGGAAGACUCCAUUCAAAAGCUGAGAGAGUUUUGAGCUUCUUGCUGAAAGAUUCAACAUUAUCUUUUUUUGAUAAUUUUCCUCAAGGCCCUGGUACAGUCGUGGAAGUUGUGAGUUUGGCUUUGCAGAGAAUAUGCGAGGAUUUGGAAGCAGAAAAAUUAGUUGUUAUGUGGGAAUAUCUGUAUAAGAAAAUAAACAAAUCAAUCUCAAACAAAAAAUCGGUUCAUUUAAGCCGACUGUUGAGUUUGCUUACGGCGGUUGUAAAGAUUGAGAAAGGUCGCAAGGUUCACGAUAGCCCAUCACUGAUUGGAAUCGUGAGCCGCACUGUGUCAACUUUUGUGGCUUCCUCUGAGACUGUUGUAGAAGGGGAUAACUUAUCUGCUGUCCUUGAUGAAGUUCUGCAAUUGAUAUUAUGCACAAUCAACAGGGUCAAUGAAAUAGAAACUGUUGCUUUGCUAUGGGCUCCCAUUUUUGCCUUGAAGAGUCCAAGUUUGCUGCCUUUUUUGCGGGAGUUCCUACAGAAGGAUCAAUCAGUAGUGAAAGCCUUUACAAAUAAUAUAUUAUGUGCAAUUAACAACAUGAUUUGGGAGUCUUCUGAGGAAGUUAUUCCUCUGUUACUAACAUUGUGUGAGAGGCAACAAACAAGUCACGACAUGGUGAACAUCAUAAGUCAAACAUUUGAGAGUAGAUACGAGAGAAUUCAUGAAUUCUUGGAAGAAAAUAUUAAAAAGGUUCAACAGAAUAUUGAGGAUACGGGAUUAGCUCGAAUUGAUGAGGCCGAGUUGGCUGCCAUUUGGGGAGUUGUCAACUGUUAUCCUUAUUUUAAAGUGGAUUCAUCAUUAUUGUUUUGCUUUAAAAAAAGUCUCAGACAGCAUUUGGCAGUGUCAGAUGCAGACACUUGUAGUGGCCCAGAAUUGAUGUGGCAGAGCUUACUUGGUACUGCUUUGAGGUCAUGUUACAAAAUGCUGGGAAGAAUCAACCACAGUGAUCUAGAGGAAGCUUUGUCUUUUGCUAAAGAUUACAAGUCAUGUGUGCAAGUGUUGUCACCCGUGGCCGAUGUUUUGGAAUUUAUGCAUAGGCCUGCAUUAGCUCAUGAUGAUAGGUCUAAGGCUUAUCCAGAACUUCAAGCAAAGAAGGCUGGAGAUGCUUUUGAAAUAUUUUCUGAAAAUUUGCGUCAUCCAAAUAAAGAUAUCCGUCUUAUGACUCUGAGGAUUUUGUGCCAUUUUGAAACUUUGUCGUCUGAAGAGAUAAAAAAAUCUCUUCCUAAAGGGAAUGUUCUUCAGUUAUUACUCUCAGUCGAAGAGACUGCUCACACAGUGGAUACUAGUCGGAUGUUGGUCAAUUUGAUCUCUACAAUACAAAAGGACCUCUCCGCUGGCAGGAUACAUGCGGCAUAUGUGAAGCUUGUAUUGAAUGGGAUGUUGGGACUAUUACAUAAUGAAUUUUUGUAUUUGUGGGGUCCAGCAUCUGAGUGUCUUGCUGUUCUUGUGAGGAAUUACACAGGUGCAGUGUGGAGUGAUUUUGUUUGUUAUUUGGAGCAGUGCCAACUAAAAUUUGAAACCCUCCACGAUCACAGUGAGAAUGCGAACCAAAGCAUGUCAGAGAGGCAUACAGAUCUGAUUGGGCGUUUUAAUUCGGUUCUCUUUCCACUGUCUAAGAGCACACCUACUGCAACGGUGGUAUCUCAGUUGCUACAGAUCUUACAAAAAGCUUCCAGUGUUGCUCAGUCUCGGGCUUCUGAAAUUCUCCCUUUGUUGUUGAAAUUUCUGGGAUACAACAGCGAAAAUCCUGUGAGUGUCGGAUCAUAUAAUGGCCGAGUUUGUAAAGGAGAGGACUGGAAGAGGGUUCUUAUACAAUGGUUGAUUUUGCUAAAAUUGAUGAAGAAUCCUAUGUCGUUUCGUUUUAGUCAAUUUCUAAACGACGUUCUGCAGAAUAGGUUCCUGGAUGAUAAUGAUGCUGAAAUACAAACGAAUGUUCUAGAGUGCCUUCUGUUGACGAAUGACUUCUUACUCCCACACCGCCAGCGUUUGUUAAAUUUGAUUAAACCAAAAGAAUUGAGAGAAGAACUCACAACCUGGAACUUGUCCGAAGACAUCGGAGAACCUCACAGAUCUUAUAUUUUUUCUCUUGUAAUUCGUAUCCUUAUGCCAAAAGUUAGGACAUUAAAAAAUUUGGCUUCAAGGAAGCAUACAAGUAUCCGUCACCGGAAGGCAGUUCUUUGCUUUAUAUCUCAGCUGGAUGUUAAUGAACUUGCCCUGUUCUUUGCAUUGUUGAUAAAGCCUUUGAACAUCAUAUCAGAGGAAACAAUGGACUCGUUUUGGAGUUCAGGCAAAAGUUCUCUGGAAUAUUUCCAAAACUCCAAUUUUCUGAAAUAUUUCACUGUUGAUACUAUAUCAACAUUAUCCAGGAAUCAGAAAUCUGGGUUUCUUCAUGUCAUCCAACAUAUCCUUGAAGUCUUCGAUGAACUCCGUGUCCGACCUUUUCUAGACUUUUUGAUGGGAUGUGUUGUCCGGCUAUUGGUAAAUUAUGCUCCAAAUGUUGAUGAAGAAAGGAACAUUGAUUCUUUGGCACUAAGUAAUGCCACUGACGCCCAAUCAGCUUCAGAUGAUAAAGAAAAUGCUUCAAUAAAUCACGACCAGGCUGGCACUGCUUUGAAGCAGUUUAAAGAGUUGAGAUCCUUAUGUCUGAAAAUCAUUGCUCAUGUUCUUGAUAAAUACGAGGAUUGUGAUCUUGGCUCCAAGUUCUGGGACCUCUUCUUUUCGGCUGUGAGUCCGUUAAUUAAGAGUUUCAAGCAGGAGGGUUCUAGUAGUGAGAAACCAAGUUCCUUGUUCUCGUGCUUCUUGUCAAUGAGUAAAAGCCGUAAUCUGAUGAAACUCUUAUGUCGGGAAGAGUCUCUUGUUCCAGACAUUUUUUCAAUUCUAACUGUCACCACAGCUUCAGAAGCUAUAAAGUCUUCUGCCUUGAAGUUCAUAGAGAAUCUGCUUUGUCUUGACAACGAGUUGGGUGAGGAUGACAAUAUGAUCUGUGGAUUUUUAGAUCCGUAUAUAGAGGCACUGAUUAACAGCUUGCAUUCUCUUUUCAUUGGGGAUAUUUUGAAAAGGAAAUCAGUCAAGUAUCAUGGGGAAAGAGAGAUUAAAAUUCUUAAAUUAUUGUCAAAGCGUAUGCGAGAUCGCUCCCAUGUUAUGAAGUAUUUGGAUGUCUUGCUGUCUUUCUUGAAUAAAAGUGUUAAAGAUUCUGAUAUCCGUCGUGACGCUUUGCUAGCCAUUCAGGACAUCAUAUCGUAUCUUGGGAUGGAGAGUACCAGCAAGAUUAUAAAUACAGUCUCUCCUCUACUUGUUGAUGCUGAACUUGACGUUAGAUUAUGCAUUUGUGAUCUUCUUGAAUCUCUUGCAAACAUCGACUUUUCACUGGAUGAUGUGGCAAAGCGUGUCCGCGAUAUGAAUGCCAUCUCAGCUAUGGAAGUUGAUGACCUUGACUAUGAAAAGAUAGUUAAUGCUUAUUUGGAGAUUAAUGCAGAGUUCUUUUUUAAAUCCUCAGAGCAGCACACAAUGAUCAUACUCUCACAGUGUAUAUACAACGUAUCAUCAGAAUCCAUUAUGUUAAGGGGUAGCGCACAGAAGCUCUUGUCUUCUUUCAUUGAUUUUUCAGCGUCAAUACUUUGCCUAGAGGCUCCAGCUCACCCUGAAUUUGGAGAAGAAGAGGUUCAAAAAGCUGAUGUAAACUGGACAGGAGAUCGUGUACUGUGCAUUUUGAGAAAUUUUAUUUUGAAACACAUUGGAGAUGCAAUAAACAGAGGGGGCAUUAUAAUAAAGGAAUGGAUUCUUUUGAUACGCGAGAUGGUGACCAAACUUCCAGAUGCCGGAAAUCUUUCUGCAUUUAGAUCUUUAUGCUCUGAAGACGAGAAUGUAGAUUUCUUUAAAGCUAUUGUUCACAUUCAGGCACACCGUAGAGCAAGGGCAAUUUCACGUUUCGCUAAUGUGGUUAAAGAUAGCAGUCUGCCUGAGGGAGUAGUGAGAAAACUUUUGGUCUCGGUCUUUUUCAAUAUGUUGCUCGAUGGACAAGAUGGAAAAGAUAAUAAUGUCAAAAAUGCAUGCACAGAAGCCCUUGCAUCUAUAUCUGCACAUAUGAGUUGGACGUCGUACUAUGCUCUCCUGAAUCGGUGUUUCCGAGAGAUGAACAAGCACGCCAAAAAGGGAAAAAUUCUGCUGCGACUUAUCUGCUUGAUUUUGGAUAAAUUUCAUUUUGCAAAAGAUGGCUACCCACAGGAGGCUGAGGAAAUUAGGACUUGCCUUCAGAAAAUUGUGUUCCCGAGGAUGCAGAAGCUGAUGAAUUCUGAUUCUGAUAAUGUUAAUGUUAACAGCAGUGUGGCUGCGCUAAAGGUUCUAAAGCUACUCCCUGAAGAUGUAAUGGACUCACACCUAUCCUCUAUAGUUCAUAAAAUUGCCAGUUUUUUGAAGAACCGGUUGGAGAGCACACGUGAUGAAGCCAGAUUGGCUCUGGUUGCUUGUUUGAAAGAACUUGGGCUGGAGUACUUGCAAGUUGUAGUAAACAUUUUACGUGCUAUCUUAAAACGAGGAUCUGAGGUGCAUGUGCUGGGGUACACUCUCAAUUCCAUCUUAUCAAAGUGCUUGUCCAAUCCUACGUGUGGGAAGUUAGAUCAUUGUUUGGGUGAUCUCCUUGCUGUGGUGGAAACCGAUAUCCUUGGAGAGGUUGCUGAACAGAAAGAGGUGGAAAAAUUUGCAUCCAAAAUGAAAGAAACAAGAAAACGGAAGUCAUUUGAGACUCUGAAAUUGAUUGCUGAAAAUGUAACGUUCAGAAGCCAUGGAUUAAAGUUACUUUCUCCGGUCACUGCUCAGCUGCAGCGCCAUCUAACUCCAAAGAUCAAAACAAAUCUGGAGGAGAUGUUAAAACAAAUUGCAGCUGGUAUUGAAGGCAAUACAUCUGUUGACCAAGGAGAUCUUUUUCUUUUUAUAUAUGGCCUAGUUGAUGAUGGUAUUAAUAACAGGAGUGGUCUUGGAGAUCAAGUGUCUGCACCACCCUCCAAAACGAGUAGGAAAUCAAGAGAUCUGAAAGAGACUACUGGGUUGUUUUUUGGUCCCAAGUCAUGUCCACAUCUUAUAACCGUGUUUGCUCUGGACUUAUUGUAUAACCGAAUGAAAAAAUUGAAACUCGACAACACUGAUGAAGAGCUCCUGUCGAAGUUAGAUCCAUUUGUCAAACUGCUUGCUGGAUGCUUGAGUUCUAAGUAUGAGGAUAUUGUAUCUUCAUCUCUUAGAUGUUUUACUUCAUUAGUAAAGUUUCCACUGCCUUCCCUCACGUCUGAAGCAGAUGAACUGAAAACAGCAUUGUUAACCAUUGCUCAGUCUGCAGUGAGUUCCAGCAGUCCUCUUGUGCAGUCAUGCCUUAAGCUGCUAACAACGCUUCUCGACAAUAAAAAUAUAACUUUAUCAUCUGAGCAGUUAAAAAUGUUGAUUCAGUUCCCCAUAUUUAUUGAUCUGGAGUCUGAUUCAUCCUUUGUUGCUCUUUCACUCCUCAAGGCCAUCGUGAAGCGGAAGCUUGUAGUUCCAGAGAUAUAUGACAUUGCAAAUCAGGUUUCAAAGUUGAUGGUAAAUAGUCAGUUGGAAUCAAUCCGCAAGAAAUGUAAACAGAUACUGUUGCAAUUUAUGGUUCACUAUACACUUUCUGAAAAACGUUUAGAGCAACAUGUGAACUUUCUGCUGGAAAAUCUGAGGUAUGAAUUUCCGACUGGAAGAGAAGCAGUUCUUGACAUGCUUCAUGCCCUGAUCUUAAAAUUUUCAGAACCUAAUCUUGGCAAGCAGUCUGUUCUUGAUCAGCAGUCCCAAAAAUUGUUUAUUCAACUUACUGUCUGCUUGUCCAAUGAAACUGAUAACGAAGUGCUGCCCCGGGUUGGUGCUGUGAUAGAAGUUCUGAUAGGCCGCAUGAGUAAAGAUCAAGUUGAUUCCAGUCUCUUGUACUGUUUGUGUUGGUAUAAGCAGCAGAACUUAAGGGCUGCGGCGGCACAGGUAUUGGGAUUUUUUAUUGGCGCCAUGAAGAAAACAUUUCGGAAGCAUAUCUACAAUACAGUGCAGGAUGCUAAAACUAUUUUGGAGUCUGCGAUUUGUGCUUCCAGCUUACAGUUGCAAGAUACUGUUGAGGAAGCCAGUCUUCCGUUCUGGAAGGAAGCAUACUACUCACUGGUUAUGAUAGAAAAGAUGCUAGAGCAAUUUCCUGAUUUAAGAUUCGGAAAAGAUUUAGAGGAUAUUUGGAAAAUGGUGUUUAAGUUCUUGUUGCACCCACAUGCAUGGUUGCGAAAUAAAUCCUGCAGGCUCUUGAAUCAUUAUUUUGGGGCAUUAGCUGGGAGAAAAAGACCAGAAUGUCAUACAUUUGUAGUGGAUUCUCUUCUAGAGAGGCCAAGUAGCCUGUUCAUGGUGGCUGUUUCUCUUUGCUUCCAGUUAAAGGAGCAGCCCACCAUGGGCAACGUUGAUGUUGAUCUCCUCACAGCAAAUAUUGUUUUUGCGGUCUCUAGUCUUCAUUCGCUGAUUGGACAAUCUGAUCAAGAAACCUACAAUGGGUUCUGGUCCAGUCUUGGUGAGGAUGAGCAAGUGGUGUUCCUCAAAGCCUUUGAAGUGCUUGAUUCAGGGAAAGGAAGGUCUACUUUUUUGGCUCUUACCUCAGGCAAACGUACUGAGAAUGGUGAAGAUGAUGGGAAUGAUAUAAGAAAUGUAUUGAUCGGAAGUUUGCUCAAAAGAAUGGGGAAGAUUGCACUUGAUAUGGAAGCUGUUCAGAUGAGAGUUGUGUUCAACGUCUAUAAAGCUUUUGCCUCGCAAUUGAAUCAAGAAGAAUGUUACUUAUAUGCCUACAAAAUUCUGCUUCCGUUGUACAAAGUCUGCGAAGGAUUUACGGGAAAAAUCAUCACAGAUGAGUUGAAACAGCUAGCAGAAGAGGUACGAGACAGUAUAAGGGACAAGAGUUUAGGCAACAAAAUGUUUGUGGAAGUUUACAGUGAAAUAAGAAACAGUUUGAGAAGGAAAAGAGAGAAGAAAAAGCGAGAAGAGAAGCUAAUGGCAGUGGUAAAUCCGGAGAGAAACGCCAAGAGGAAACUGAGGUUAGCGUCAAAGAAUAAAGCAAACAAGAAAAGGAGAAUGACGAGCAUGAAAUUGUCUAGAUGGGCUUGCUCUUGAAGAAACCCUUAAUGAAAUUUUGUUAAUCUCAUAGUAGAAGCAAUCAGAGAUAAAUCACUUUUUUGAGUCUAUGUUUCAGUUUGAAGUUUCUCAAUCUUUUUUGAUC